UAUGCUGAAAUAAAAAAUAAGAAAACUGAAAAAAAAAUACAAGCAAAAAGUGGACAAAUUUUUUAACAUGUAUUUUGCCAAAGAUGAUAUAUGGAUGACAAGUAAACACAUAGAAAGAUACUGAACAUCAAUUGUUAUUAGAAAAAUUCAGGUUAAAACUGCAAUGGUAUGUGACUGCACCUCACUAGAAUGACUAAAACUAAAGGUGACAAUAUGAAGUGUUGGUCAGCAUGUGGAGCAACUGGAACUCUCAUACAUUGCUAGUAGGAGUUCAAAAUGGUAUAUUUUAGGAAACAGUUUGGCAGUUUCUUAUACAAUUAAAUAUAUAGUUAUCAAAUGACCCAGAAAUCCCCUUCUAGUUGUUUAUCCAUGAGAAAAAAACCAAAUAGCAACACAAGACAUAUACAGAUAUUUUUAGAGCUUUAUUCAUAAUAUCCCCAAAUUGGAAACAAGUCAAGGGUUCUUCUGAUAAAUCCAUAAACAAAUUGUGCCACAUCUAUAAAAUGGAAUACAUCUCAGCCAUACAUAUACAUAAACCAUAUAGAUAAAUCACAAAACAAUAUGCUAGGUGAAUAAAGCCAUAUAGAAGAUAUACUUUAUGAUUUCAUUUCUAUGAAAUUCUAGAAAAAAAACUAGUGUUUUGUUGAAGAAAGUACUUUAGUCAUUGUCUGUGUUAGGAGUAAGACGUUAACUCUGAUGGGGCAUUAAAGAACAUUUUGGGGUGAAGCAAAUAUUCUACAUUUUGAUAGUGGUGCUGGUCACAUUGAAUUAUUUUUUAUAUUUAUUGAAUUUUAUUAUGUGUAAAUCUCAGUUCAAUCAAGCUGUUAAAAAUAGGGAGGAGACUCUCCUCUAUUUUAGCAAACAUCAGAAUUGACAAACCAAUGAUAUUUUGCCUUUUAGCAAGCAUGCUUUUAUGUUGGCAAUUGGUUAUUUUUUCUCUGCUACUCUUUCUUAUAAAUAAUAGUCAGCAAAUUGCUAUAUUAUGUGAUUUUAUUUAUUUUUAAAAUCACUGAUAUUAAAAUGUAGCCAGGUUGGAGCUCUGUAAUUGCUUAAGCUCUUAGCUUUAGAAGGUGCUUCUAGAAUCAUUGCUACUUUUCCUGUUAGAUUUGAUAGGGAAAAUAUGGCAAAUAUUUACUUUCUUUGAAUUUUCAGAAUUUUCUUCUCUGAGUUCAGUCCUAUUAAUCCUUAUGAUCCUGGUCAUAUUUUGCCUCUUGCUGUAUCUCUCCAAUUCUUAAGACUAUAAUAUUUCCUGUGAUAGUAAUAGCUAACAUUUAUUGAGCACUUUCUAUGUGGAAGACUUUUCUAAUUAUGUCAUACAUUUAAUUCCUUUAAUUCUCACAACACCUCUGUGAUUACAGUUAUUUUUUCCCAUUUUAUAGGUGACACUGAGACACAAUAGCUUCCAAAUUCACACAGCUAUUAAGGAAACAGGGGUUUGCUUGCAGGCAGUCCCAUGCUAGUGCCAUUUCUGAAUGCCAAACUACAAAUUCUAUAAUACAUAGACAUUAAAGUCUCGUGUAUAAAAGAGCCAAUGUAUUUAAAUAUGACUCUCAGAACUUUCCCUCUCCUCGUGAUUCUUACUUAGUGGGUGCUGUGGUUUGAGUGUCCGCUUUAAACUCAUGUUGAAAGAGUUGUGAUUGUGACGAAAUUAAAAAGUGAGACCAUUAAGAGGUUAUUAGGUUAUGUAGAAUCCACUCUCAUGAGUGGUUUAAUGUUGUUCUCGUGGUCUUGGUUUGUUAUAAAAGUGAGUUCAGCCCUCCCUGUCUCUCUCAUGCACAUUCUCUCUUGUUCUUCCACUUUCCACUCUGGGGUGAUGCAGCAGAAGACCCUUACCACCCGUAGACUCCCCAGCCUUAGAAUACUCAGCCUCCAGUAUUAUAAGAAAUGAAUGAUCCAGUUUCAAGUAUCUGUUACAGCAGCACAAAAUGGGCUCAGACAGAGGGUUUGGGAUGGAUCCAGCAAGCACUCCAGGUGGUGGUUCAUUGAACUCAGUUUGAAAAAACCCAUUUUAAACUUCACAGGAUACAAAGGUCACAGUUACUAUGUAAAGUAACCAUGAGUUUAUGGUAACCAUGACCGUAAGCUACUUAAGCUAUUUACUGUCAGUCCCUUUGUCUCCUAGUCCUCAGAAUAGUGAUGUUCUUUUAGGAUGUAAUGAGAUGACUGUCUCCUGCCACACAGUAAAUCUUCUUUAAUAGGUUUAUUUGUUAUUGUUGCCUUUGGUGGUGGAUGUCAUUGCAAAAAUUUUUUUGACAGUGGCUACUAAUGUUCAACCCUGUACUUCACUGAGUAAAAUGAUAAUGUCUAAUAUUCAAAAUGUAUUUCAAAGUGAAAGUACAUCCUGUUGAAUGUAAACUUUUUUUCAAUUUCAUUUUUCCAGAAAUUAAACAGUGUGUUCUGUUGCAACAUACAUUUCUAAAAUACCAAUUAGAUUAUUUGUGAUUGAUAAAUAGGACAUUUAUGUUGGAAAUUUAUAUAUGAUUUAUUCUAGGCAAAGGGAAGCAGAAUAAUCAGAAUAGAAUUAUAACCUUGGGGAGGAAAAGAAGCCCUUAUAUUGAAUGACAUAUGGUCAACAGGAGUUCUUUUGAAGUAGUUUUAAGAAAACUUUUAAAAAUACAAAAAAAAUUUAGUGCUUGUAUCUGGGGCACUCUUGUCAAAGGGGGAUACUUCUGACCAUGUGUAGCUCUUAAAUAUUUACAGUAUAUAUUUGGAGCUUAUUCUGACCCUGUCUCCAUUUCAAUGGCAAGACCAUUGGCUUGGCGUUUGUCUCCCAACUAGGUUUUUCCCACCAAUUCUAAUUAGUGUUGCCAGCCUUUCUACUCAUUUUUUUUUUAAUUAUUCUGUGCUGAGCCAGUUCUGUAGGUGGUCCAAAUUAUCUUCUAAGGUGUCAAUAUUAUUUUUCCUAGGCAUCUACUCCUAAAGUUUCAUGUUAGGAAUGAUCUUUCUAAAAUCUGUUUUCCCAAUAAGUUCUGUUAUUUUAGGUGCCAUUUUGUUAGCAAAGUGAGAAUCAUAGGAUGCAUAUAUCUUGUUAUGACCUAAAAAUCUCAUUUUAGAACAUGGACAUCUCCAGCUCUGCAGUAUCUUCUGGUCUCUGGAAAUUUUAGUGUGUUGAAUGGUUUGUAAAUUAUAAAGUAAUUUACUUCCUUAGAGAGAUUAUUUCAUUUCUUUGACACCACUAGUGUUGUAUUUGUUUCUUAUUAUCCUACUGUGUAAAGCCCACUUGAAUUACUUUUUUAAACAUCUGCAAGAUUUCUAACUUGCAUUUCAGUUUCUUCUAUGCUGCAUCAGCAAGAAUAUAUACUUUUUAUUUUAGUUAAUGGGUCUUUUAUCUAUAAAUUGUUCCUUCUUACAUAAAAGUACAUAAUAAUUUAUAGACCUGGAAACAGUAGGUCAAAGAUUAUCAUUUCUUAACUAAAGAGAGACAUUUUCACUAAAGAGAAAUAUUUCCUAUAAAAUAGUUAUGAUUCUAGUAAUUGCCACAAUUUAUUGAAUGUCUGCUAACUUUGUGAAGAAAUUUGCUUACAAUAUUCAGUGAAUAUAAAAAUUUUUAAAGAAAAUAAAGAAAAGAAACAGUAGUAAAUCUGUGCCUUACAGAAUUCUCCCACAGAAAUACCAGAGUUGAAACAAAAUUCUUAUUAGACAAAUAAUUGCUAUUGAAAUCUCUAUAUUCUCACAGAAAUAUGAUUUUGACUAAAUGCUGGAGGAAUUUUUUCCUGUACCUGUUAUCUAAGUGCAACCACUUUCAGGACAAUAAUGCAUACUCCAUUAGAUGUUUCUUAAAAAUUUACUCCUAGCUGUUGUUACAGUUCCUGACUUUUAACAGAAAUGGAACGUGAUACAGUUAUAAUAAACUGAUAUUAUGAAUAGAAGCACCAUUGUUCAUUGCCAUUAGGUAUAUGUUUGGAUACUUCUUAGGUGCUUAGGAUUUUAAGUUGGAUUCAACAAGUUUGAAUGACAACGCUAUUUUAAAUUAUAUUUAAAGUUAAAAUAGUAUGGCCUCCCCUACUUUCUAGCUUCAUGAUUUUGGUCAAAGUAUUCAACAUAUCUGAGUCCUAGUUAUCCUUUCUGUAAAGUGAAGAAAAUAAAUGUGCCCAUACUUUGAGUUAUAACAAAGAUUAAAUGUGAAAAUGUAUAAACUGCUAUUUAGUACAUUCCACAUAAGUAUUAGCUGUGAAUAUUUUUAUCAGCAUCAUCAUUAUUAUGAAAAUUAGAAUAAUUUAGUGUCUAGUAUGCUGUGUUUACUGUAUUUUCAUAACCCAGGCAGGCAUAGUCUGCUGAAUGAUUUAGCUGCUUUAGCUAGUUGCACUAUUGCGUGAAUUUAACCUGAUUUCAUGGGAUGAAACAGAAUGAACACUGUGGCUCAUGGCUGUCAGUAGUGAAAAAUAGCUGGAAAUCAGACAAACAACUUUAUUGCUGAGAUUAUUUCCGGGCUAAAAGUUCUUCCAACAGCUGUUUGUUUUGGCCAUUAACAUGUCCAUUCUUUUUUUUUUUUUUUUUUUAAGCUGGGGAAAUAUGAUUUUCUUUAAAAAGAGAAUGCAGGCUGGUUAUUUCUGAAGUCAGGAAGAACUCCUGUCCUUCCACUAUUGUGGUCUUUUGGCUGCUCUUAAAGUUGGACUGAAGGGCUCUUCCUUUUGUUUUUUUCCUUUUUUUCACUCUCAAAGCUCAGACUCAGACAGCUUUAGUGAGAAGAAAAAGCAAAUGUAGGAGCUCUUCAAUUUUAGAGAAGGAGCUUUGUGGCAGUUACCUUCAAGAAAAGUUUACUCCCCAAAGGAGUAUUUAGUAUUACAUAGACACUGACUCAUUGAACAGAAAGGGGGUGGGGUGGAGAGAAGGAGAAAGAGAAAGAAAGAGAAAGAGGGAGAGAGGAUGAGAAUAUGAGAAUCCCAGCCAGCAAGAAAGAAAGAUACAUAACUAAAGAUGAAGGGAAGUUUUGCCUCUUCCUGAAAGUUAUGUUAUUAGUUUUUAAAAAAAUCAGGAUGACUGCUAGUUUUGUUUAAAGUAUUUGUUCUGGAAAUAGUAAAGUUGGAGUCUACCAGACUGAGGUUAGAAGCAUUUUCUUUGGCAGCAAGAAGAUACUUUUAUAGAAGCCAUGCCUGUACUUGGGGUUGCCUCAAAACUGAGGCAGCCAGCUGUUGGGUCAAAGCCUGUUCAUACUGCUCUUCCGAUACCAAAUCUUGGCACUACUGGGUCACAUCACUAUUCUUCAAGACCUUUGGAACUUGCUGAAACAGAGAGCUCAAUGCUUUCUUGUCAGCUCACAUUAAAAUCAACCUGUGAAUUUGGAGAGAAGAAACUCCUCCAAGGAAAAGCCAAGGAGAAAGAAGACAGCAAGAUUUACACUGACUGGGCCAACCACUACCUAGCAAAAUCGGGCCACAAGCGGCUGAUCAAGGAUUUGCAACAAGACAUUGCAGAUGGAGUACUCCUAGCAGAAAUCAUCCAGAUCAUUGCAAAUGAAAAAGUUGAAGAUAUCAAUGGAUGUCCUAGAAGUCAGUCUCAGAUGAUUGAAAAUGUUGACGUCUGCCUUAGUUUUCUAGCAGCCAGAGGAGUAAAUGUUCAAGGUCUAUCUGCUGAAGAAAUAAGAAAUGGAAACUUAAAAGCCAUUCUAGGGCUGUUUUUCAGUUUGUCUCGCUACAAGCAGCAACAGCACCAUCAACAACAGUACUACCAGUCCCUGGUGGAACUUCAGCAGCGAGUCACUCACACUUCUCAGCCGGAAGCCAGUCAGGCCAAAACCCAACAAGAUAUGCAGUCCAGUCUGGCAGCCAGAUAUGCAACUCAGUCUAAUCACAGUGGAAUUGCAACCAGUCAGAAAAAGCCUACUAGGCUUCCAGGGCCCUCUAGGGUGCCAGCUGCAGGCAGCAGCAGCAAGGUCCAGGGAGCCUCUAAUUUAAAUAGGAGAAGUCAGAGCUUUAACAGCAUUGACAAAAACAAGCCUCCAAAUUAUGCAAAUGGAAAUGAAAAGGAUUCCUCCAAAGCACCUCAACCCUCUUCAGGUGUAACUGGUACCAUGCAGCCUCCCAGUACUGCUGGGCAGCCUAUUGCCUCUGCCAUCCCUUCUCCGAGUGCCAGCAAGCCCUGGCGCAGCAAGUCCAUGAAUGUCAAACACAGCGCCACCUCCACCAUGCUGAGCAUAAAGCAGUCGAGCCCAGCCACCUCUCCUCCACCAUCUUCAGACAGACUAAAGCAACCCGUCUCAGAAGGGGUCAAAUCUGCUCCCUCGGGACAGAAAUCCAUGCUUGAAAAGUUCAAGCUGGUCAACGCCCGGACUGCUUUACGCCCACCACAGUCUCCCAGUUCAGGACCCAGUGAUGGUGGGAAGGAUGAUGAUGCCUUUUCUGAGUCUGGCGAAACGGAAGGUUUUAACAGUGGUGUGAACAGCGGUGGCUCAACAAAUAGCAGUCCCAAAGUGUCACCUAAAUUGGCCCCUCCAAAAGCUGGAAGCAAAAAUCUCAGCAAUAAAAAGUCUUUGCUGCAGCCAAAGGAAAAAGAGGAAAAGAACAGGGACAAAAAUAAAGUUUGCGCUGAAAAACCAGUGAAGGAAGAAAAGGAUCAGAUGACAGAGACUGCUCCAAAAAAGACCUCUAAAAUUGCAAGCUUGAUCCCAAAGGGUAGCAAGACGACAGCAGCCAAGAAGGAAAGUUUAAUUCCAUCUUCCAGUGGGAUUCCAAAACCAGGCUCAAAGGUGCCAACAGCAAAGCAAACCAUUUCACCUGGCAGCACAGCAAGCAAAGAGUCUGAAAAAUUCAGGACUACCAAAGGAAGCCCCUCCCAGUCCUUACCUAAGCCUGUAACCACGGAGAAAGCAAGUGCGUCUAACUGCCCUGCACCUUUGGAAGGAAGGGAAGCUGGCCAACCCUCUUCUGGUCCCUGUAGUGUGCCCGCGGCACAGAGCAGUGGGCAGGGCACAGGGAAUGGUGCUGUCCAACUCCCUCAACAGCAGCAGCACAGCCACCCGAACACUGCCACGGUGGCACCAUUCAUUUACAGGGCACAUUCGGAAAAUGAAGGUACCUCUUUACCAGCUGCUGACUCCUGUACCAGUCCUACAAAGAUGGAUUUAUCAUAUAGUAAAACUGCUAAGCAGUGCCUGGAGGAGAUAUCUGGUGAAGACCCUGAAACAAGAAGAAUGCGAACAGUUAAAAACAUAGCAGAUUUGAGACAGAAUUUAGAAGAAACUAUGUCCAGUCUUCGUGGGACUCAGAUAAGCCACAGCACCCUGGAGACAACAUUUGACAGCACUGUGACGACGGAAGUGAAUGGAAGGACCAUACCCAACUUGACAAGCCGGCCCACCCCCAUGACCUGGAGGUUGGGCCAGGCGUGUCCCCGACUUCAGGCAGGAGAUGCUCCCUCCCUGGGUGCUGGCUACUCUCGCAGCGGUACCAGUCGGUUUAUCCACACAGACCCCUCGAGGUUCAUGUACACAACGCCUCUCCGUCGGGCUGCUGUCUCUCGUCUGGGAAACAUGUCACAGAUCGACAUGAGUGAGAAAGCAAGCAGCGACCUGGACAUGUCUUCUGAAGUCGAUGUUGGUGGAUAUAUGAGUGAUGGUGAUAUCCUUGGGAAAAGUCUCAGGGCUGAUGACAUCAACAGUGGAUACAUGACAGAUGGAGGGCUCAACCUGUAUACUAGAAGUCUGAACCGAAUACCAGACACAGCGAGUUCCAGGGAUGUCAUCCAGAGAGGGGUCCAUGAUGUGACUGUGGAUGCAGACAGCUGGGAUGACAGCAGUUCAGUGAGCAGUGGUCUCAGUGACACCCUGGAUAACAUCAGCACUGACGACCUGAACACCACAUCCUCAGUCAGCUCUUACUCCAACAUCACCGUCCCGUCCAGGAAGAACACUCAGCUGAAGACAGAUUCAGAGAAACGUGCCACAACAGAUGAGACCUGGGAUAACACUGAGGAGCUGAAAAAAACAGAAGAGGACUUUGACAGCCAUGGGGAUGCUAGUGGCAAGUGGAAGAAUGUCUCCUCUGGACUUCCUGAAGACCCUGAGAAGGCCGGGCAGAAAGCUUCCCUGUCCAUUUCACAGACAGGCUCCUGGAGAAGAGGCAUGUCCGCCCAAGGAGGGGCUUCAUCUAGGCAGAAAGCUGGGACAAGUACGCUCAAGACUCCUGGGAAAACCGAUGAUGGCAAAGCUUCUGAGAAAGGGAAAACUCCCCUGAAAGGAUCAUCUCUGCAGAGGUCUCCUUCAGAUGCAGGAAAAAGCAGUGGCGACGAGGGGAAAAAGCCCCCCUCAGGCAUCGGAAGAUCGACUGCCACCAGCUCUUUUGGAUUUAAGAAGCCAAGUGGAGUAGGGUCGUCUACUAUGAUCACUAGCAGCGGGGCGACCAUCACAAGUGGUUCAGCAACACUGGGCAAAAUCCCCAAAUCUGCUGCCAUCGGCGGGAAGUCAAAUGCAGGGAGGAAAACGAGUCUGGACGGUUCACAGAACCAGGAUGAUGUUGUGCUGCACGUCAGCUCCAAGACCACCCUGCAGUAUCGCAGCUUGCCCCGCCCUUCAAAAUCCAGCACCAGCGGCAUUCCUGGCCGGGGUGGCCACAGGUCCAGCACCAGCAGUAUCGAUUCCAACGUCAGCAGCAAGUCAGCUGGUGCCACCACCUCAAAACUGAGAGAACCCACGAAGAUUGGGUCAGGUCGCUCAAGCCCUGUCACCGUCAACCAGACGGACAAGGAGAAGGAAAAGGUAGCAGUCUCAGAUUCAGAGAGUGUUUCUUUGUCAGGUUCCCCCAAAUCCAGCCCCACCUCUGCCAGCGCCUGUGGUGCACAAGGGCUCAGACAGCCAGGAUCCAAGUACCCAGAUAUCGCAUCACCUACGUUCCGAAGGUUGUUUGGUGCCAAGGCAGGUGGCAAAUCUGCCUCUGCACCUAAUACUGAGGGUGUGAAAUCCUCCUCAGUAAUGCCCAGCCCUAGUACCACAUUAGCGCGACAAGGCAGUCUGGAGUCACCGUCGUCCGGUACGGGCAGCAUGGGCAGUGCUGGUGGGCUGAGUGGCAGCAGCAGCCCUCUCUUCAAUAAACCCUCAGACUUAACUACAGAUGUUAUAAGCUUAAGUCACUCGUUGGCCUCCAGCCCAGCAUCGGUUCACUCUUUCACAUCAGGUGGCCUCGUGUGGGCUGCCAAUCUGAGCAGUUCCUCUGCAGGCAGCAAGGACACUCCGAGCUACCAGUCCAUGACUAGCCUCCAUACAAGCUCUGAGUCCAUUGACCUGCCCCUCAGCCACCAUGGCUCCCUGUCGGGACUGACCACAGGCACUCACGAGGUUCAGAGCCUGCUCAUGAGAACGGGUAGUGUGAGAUCUACUCUCUCAGAAAGCAUGCAGCUUGACAGAAAUACACUACCCAAAAAGGGACUAAGAUACACCCCAUCAUCUCGGCAGGCCAACCAAGAAGAAGGCAAAGAGUGGUUGCGUUCUCAUUCUACUGGAGGCCUGCAGGACACUGGCAACCAGUCACCUCUGGUCUCCCCGUCUGCAAUGUCAUCUUCUGCGACAGGAAAAUACCACUUUUCUAACUUGGUGAGUCCAACAAAUCUGUCUCAAUUUAACCUUCCUGGGCCCAGCAUGAUGCGCUCAAACAGCAUCCCAGCCCAAGACUCUUCCUUCGAUCUCUAUGAUGAUGCUCAGCUUUGUGGGAGUGCCACUUCUCUGGAGGAAAGGCCACGUGCCAUCAGUCAUUCAGGCUCAUUCAGAGACAGCAUGGAAGAAGUUCACGGCUCUUCAUUAUCAUUGGUCUCCAGCACUUCUUCUCUUUACUCUACAGCUGAAGAAAAGGCUCAUUCAGAGCAAAUCCAUAAACUACGGAGAGAAUUGGUUGCAUCACAGGAAAAAGUUGCUACCCUAACAUCUCAACUUUCAGCAAAUGCUCACCUUGUAGCAGCUUUUGAAAAGAGUUUAGGGAAUAUGACUGGCCGAUUGCAAAGUCUGACCAUGACAGCAGAACAAAAGGAGUCUGAACUUAUAGAACUAAGGGAAACCAUUGAAAUGCUGAAAGCCCAGAACUCCGCUGCACAGGCUGCUAUUCAGGGAGCACUGAAUGGUCCAGACCAUCCUCCCAAAGAUCUCCGCAUCAGAAGACAGCAUUCUUCUGAAAGUGUUUCUAGUAUCAACAGUGCCACGAGCCAUUCCAGCAUUGGCAGUGGUAAUGAUGCUGACUCCAAGAAAAAGAAAAAGAAAAACUGGGUGAACUCUAGAGGAAGUGAGCUGAGAAGCUCUUUCAAACAAGCCUUUGGGAAGAAAAAGUCCACCAAGCCUCCUUCCUCACAUUCUGACAUCGAAGAGCUUACUGAUUCGUCCCUUCCAGCGUCCCCCAAGUUGCCUCAUAAUGCUGGGGACUGUGGUUCAGCCUCCAUGAAGCCCUCGCAGUCUGCCUCGGCGUCACCCCUUGUCUGGCCACCAAAGAAACGGCAAAAUGGCCCUGUGAUCUACAAGCAUAGAUCCCGGAUCUGUGAAUGCACAGAGGCUGAGGCAGAGAUAAUUCUGCAGCUGAAGAGCGAGCUCAGAGAAAAGGAAUUAAAAUUAACAGAUAUUCGGCUGGAGGCCCUCAGCUCUGCUCAUCAUCUUGAUCAGAUCCGGGAAGCCAUGAACCGGAUGCAGAAUGAAAUUGAAAUACUGAAGGCUGAAAAUGACCGGUUAAAGGCAGAAACUGGUAACACAGCUAAGCCUGCUCGGCCACCGUCAGAAUCCUCCAGCACCGCCUCCUCCUCAUCUUCACGGCAGUCGUUAGGACUUUCUCUAAACAACUUGAACAUCACAGAGGCUGUUACCUCAGAUAUUUUGCUAGAUGAUGCUGGUGAUGCAACUGGACAUAAAGAUGGCCGCAGUGUGAAAAUUAUAGUCUCCAUAAGCAAGGGCUAUGGUCGAGCAAAGGAUCAGAAGUCCCAGACAUAUUUGAUAGGGUCCAUUGGUGUUAGUGGAAAAACCAAAUGGGAUGUCUUAGAUAGUGUAAUUAGACGUCUCUUUAAGGAAUACGUGUUCCGAAUUGAUACUUCCACUAGCCUUGGUCUGAGCUCUGACUGCAUUGCUAGCUACUGUAUAGGAGACUUAAUUAGAUCCCAUAACCUAGAAGUGCCUGAACUGCUGCCUUGUGGAUACCUUGUUGGAGAUAAUAACAUCAUCACUGUGAACUUGAAAGGGGUAGAAGAAAACAGUUUGGACAGUUUUGUUUUUGAUACGCUGAUUCCUAAACCAAUUACCCAAAGGUACUUUAACUUGUUGAUGGAGCAUCACAGAAUUAUACUUUCGGGACCAAGUGGUACUGGAAAGACCUAUUUAGCAAAUAAACUUGCUGAAUAUGUAAUAACCAAAUCUGGGAGGAAAACAACAGAGGAUGCAAUUGCCACUUUUAAUGUGGACCACAAGUCAAGUAAGGAAUUGCAGCAGUAUCUAGCUAACCUGGCUGAACAAUGCAGUGCUGAUAAUAACAGCGUGGAGCUUCCAGUUGUAAUAAUUCUUGAUAAUCUUCAUCAUGUGGGCUCUCUGAGUGAUAUCUUCAAUGGUUUCCUUAAUUGUAAAUACAACAAAUGUCCAUAUAUUAUUGGAACAAUGAAUCAGGGAGUUUCUUCAUCACCAAAUCUAGAGCUGCAUCACAAUUUCAGGUGGGUAUUAUGUGCAAAUCACACAGAACCAGUGAAAGGCUUUUUGGGCAGAUACCUUCGAAGAAAACUGAUAGAGAUAGAAAUUGAAAGGAACAUACGCAAUAAUGACCUAGUCAAAAUAAUAGAUUGGAUUCCUAAGACAUGGCAUCAUCUCAACAGUUUUUUGGAAACCCACAGUUCUUCUGACGUUACGAUUGGUCCCCGACUUUUCCUUCCUUGCCCCAUGGAUGUAGAAGGUUCUAGAGUGUGGUUCAUGGAUCUCUGGAACUAUUCGUUGGUACCUUAUAUUCUGGAGGCAGUAAGAGAAGGUCUUCAGAUGUAUGGAAAACGCACGCCGUGGGAAGAUCCCUCAAAGUGGGUGCUUGACACAUACCCAUGGAACUCAGCAUCUCUGCCUCAGGAGAGCCCAGCAUUACUGCAGUUGCGACCAGAAGAUGUUGGGUAUGAGGGUUGCACAUCCACGAAGGAAGCCACAACCUCAAAGCACAUUCCACAGACUGACACGGAAGGGGAUCCCCUGAUGAAUAUGCUAAUGAAACUCCAAGAAGCAGCCAAUUUGGGCACACAAAGCUGCGACAGCGAAAGCACCAGCCACCGUGAAGACAUUUUGGAUUCAUCUCUUGAAUCUACCCUCUAAAGGGUGUAAAAAAGUUGGGGGGAAAGACUAUGCUUUUACAAAAUGUUUGAAAAGAAAGGUAUUUUCACUAAACCACUGCCAGUAUAAAAGCACCCUGUCAAGGGCUCUGACCCAGAGUCGUGGUCUCCAAGGAGGCAGCAGAAUUAAGUCUGAACCGCCAAGAUGCUAAAUCGAAAUGGAAGCUUAACUUUAUUUUAUUUCUAAGCAUUUUUAUAUUCACGGAGUGAUAGAAAGCUCCAUUGCGCAACUGGAAAGGACCCCAAUGACAGGGCAACUGAAUAGAUUGCACAUGGGUUAGCCAAACUGGACUUUCUUUUUUUUCCUCUUUCAAAGUUUACAAUGCAGACCUUUUUUUGUCCCUUCCUUUUGUUUCCUCUGCGGGGCUGUUUGUUCUCCCUUAGGUAGGGUCCAUUCUUCUAACUCGUCCAACCUCCUUUGUGCCACAUGGUGCUGGGCACAGGGCUCCAGUAGUGUUUGUGUUGUGCGCUCACCCCAUUCCAAAAUGAAUCCGAGAGGCCAGUCCUCCAUAAGCACAAAUGGAAUUGUGCAACCACCAGAAAAACACUACUGUGGCAAACUGGAGAAGUGCCAAUUUAAUUCUGACUGCCAUGUUCUCAUGAUGUGCUCCACCAACUUUUUAGUAUAUGAGUCACAGGUUUUAUAAGAUUGUUUUUAUCACAGUGGUCUUUUUAAACCACCUGCCCACUCCCUUAACAAGAGUUUUAUACCAAUUAUUAGUCAACACUGACAAAAGGCUUUUUUAGGGCUUUAUUUGUUUGAGCCUUUUCAGUGAAAGAAGGAACAUUUCCUAUGGUGCUGUCUCACUGCCUUAAAACAGAUUUCUACAACAGUUGAACAGUUGGUUUAAAUCCUAAACCAUUGCUAAUUUCCACUGUCUUUUCAUUUACAGCCAAGCAACACCAGUUAACAGUAGCCUCAUCUCUAUAUAUCUUUCUCUCUCUCUCUUUUUUUUUUUCCUGAAGAAAUGGAUAGGAGAAAGAUCAGUAUUUUUACCUUGUGAAUAGAUUGCUUUGCCUAUCCUCCAAAAUAUUUCAGUAACCCAGAGACCCUCUUUGACCGUCACUUAAAAGCUGAGACAUGUGGCGAAAUUCUAUCCAGUUCGAAGUGAGUUUCAGAAGGCGGGAGAUUUUGAAUUUUUAUCCAGCAGAGCUGGAAGCACUAGAUGCAGCAUGAGCACAACUAUUCGGCUUUCCUUCCCUAUUCUUUUGUUUUUUUUUAAAUUCAUUUUGACGCAUGUUGUUUUGAUUGCUAUUGUUGUACAUGAGAAAUUCAGCAUUAAAGAACACUGAAGCAGUAAAGUCACUGUGGAAGAGGAAGCGUUUAUACUGUAAAAGGUUAGAUUUGCACAGUCUACUGGGUAGGUAUUGUAAAUAAUAAUUUUUAAAACUUGCACAAGUCAAAACAAACACAAACAAAAUUGUAUUUUAUCCUGUUGGUGUUAAGAGGUGUUUCACUUGCUGAGAUUUCCUGUACGUUGCAAACAAAUACAGAAUGCAAACCCUCAAAGCUGUUAUUAUCUGGUGUGUUUGUCCUGUAUUUACAGUUGUUAUGACUAUGCAGGAGCUAUCAGUGCUAGAGUGAGCAUGCUUCAAAACUGUACAUGAAGCCAGUAUAUUUUUGGAUAAGUAAAACUGUCUGAAAGUACAUCUGUCCUGGCAGGCUUUAAAGAGCGUGCAUGAAAACUGAUCAGAGUCAUUGGAGAAGUUACCACCACACACAGAGGACAGGUUUUAAGUUUAUAAAACCCAAGGGCUAGGCCAUGGUGUAGACUUGUUCUAUGCAUGUGAAAAUGUGUUACUUUUAGGACGUGUAAUCGGUGCUACUCUCUGUGACCACUCAUGGGUCAGUUGCUAUAAAAUAACAACAACAACAACAACAACAACACAAGACAUCUGUGCAGUUUUCAGAGUGUCGCUAAGUGUAUAGGUCCUUACACGGUGCUAUUGCCCUAAGGGAAAUCCGAACUGAAUUUAUGCACAUAGAAUCGUCACCCUGACUUUGAAGCCUCAAACAUGGAUCAAAUCUGUUGUGAAACAUCAAUAUAUGUAGCUGGAUGAGUGACUAGUUGCCCUUGUAUAAUAUGUGAUCUAAGAAAAUUGCUAAUCUUUCCCUGCCAUUUUGAGAAACGCAGUCCAAACAUGAGCAUAAACAGAAUUUCCUGCAAUACAUCCCAGUAGGUCCACCUAGUUUACAACUUAAACUAGUUUGUGAAACAUUUGUCUGUAUACAUUUUAUAUUUUGUACAUUUUUGAUGUAACAUAUCAUGUAAAUAGGCAGAAACAGUGAAAUAAAUCAUCUGAAAAGUUUUUGUAGUCUUUGUAAAGCCCCAAACAAUAAGUACUUGGUGUCAAUGGACUUAACUGGAUGAUGUAUUUUCUAUUGGUUUAUUGUUCCUCUAGCUUGUAAACCAGCUUGCAUAUAUUUUUUUGCAAAUGUGCACCCUGUAUCUGUCUAAAUUAUUACUUUGCCAUUAAAGUGGAAUUAUUUAUUGACAA